AUGGUGACGCCCCCUACGGGUCCUCCGUUACGGAUAACCCACCCGUCCCACCCAGGCCACGUGCUCACGCUGUACGCCACCGGCGGCGCGCUGUUCCAGUGCGACGGCUGCCGGCAUUACGGCGAGGACGACCGCAGGUACCGGUGCGACCCGUGCGACUUCGACCUUCACGUGUGCUGCGUCCCCUUCAAGGUGGAGGACCUGACGCUCACGCAUCCUUUCUUCAAGGGCUGCACCUUCGACUUCCGCUACAGCCCUCCCGGCGGCACCCUGGCCGGCCGCGGCAGCUUCUGCGGCGCCUGCGGAGACCAGGUGCUCGGCUUCAUGUUCCACGACGGCCACCGCCAGAUCGGCCUCCACCCGCAGUGCGCCAACCUGGCGGAGCGCGUGGUCCAGCACGACGGCGUGUUCGACCUCCUCAGGGAGGCGCCUGCCCAUGGUAGCUGCGGGUUGUGCCGGCAAGGGCAGGGCGGGCGCCGCGACAGGUUUUGGUGCUACAGCUACCUCGACGGCGGCGGCCAGCAUGCGUACACGCAUGUGGCGUGCAUGAUGGAAGCUUGCUACAAACGCUCUCAGGUCGCGCAGGUGAGCGCGCCGACGGCAUGUGCGGUGGGAACGCCGACGACAUGGGAGGUGGGCAUGCCGCAGAGCGCGCCGGGGACAUGGGAGGUGGGCACGCCGCAGAGCGUGCCGACGACAUGGGACACUGGGUUGUCAUCCAGCAUCAGCAAGGUCUCCCUUUUCUGCAAGGUUGCGGUCGCCGUGGCCAGGGUCGCCUCCGCGGUCUCCACUGGCACGGGGGGUGACCCGUUAUGGAUUGACACGACGGCUACAGAACCCACCGAAUAA